AUGGCUUCUUCAAUUUUCAAUCCUCCUUCUUCCACCACCGCUCUCCUCCUCCGCAGCCGCCACCCUAUCCGUGUGGGUCCCACCUCUCUCCGGUUCUUCACCAUUUGCUCCUCUCCCCCUUCAUCCCGUGUUCUCUCCAUCGUUGCUAGUGCUACCGAGGCAUCUGCUAAGGUGAUUGAUGGAAAAGCGGUGGCAAAGCAGAUCAGAGAGGAGAUAGCAGUUGAAGUCUCCAAGAUGAAAGAAGCCGUGGGUGUGAUUCCAGGGUUAGCUGUUAUUCUGGUUGGAGAUAGAAAGGAUUCUGCAACUUAUGUGCGCAACAAGAAGAAGGCUUGUGAAUCUGUUGGAAUAAAUUCCUUAGAAGUAAAUUUGCCUGAGGAUUCAACAGAAGAGGAAGUUUUGAACUAUAUUUCAGGCUACAAUGAUGAUCCUGCGGUUCAUGGCAUUCUUGUUCAGCUACCUUUACCAUCUCAUAUGAAUGAACAAAAUGUGUUGAAUGCUGUUAGAAUCGAGAAGGAUGUAGAUGGUUUUCAUCCAUUGAAUAUUGGCCGACUUGCCAUGCGAGGUAGAGAUCCCCUGUUUGUUCCUUGUACACCAAAGGGAUGCAUUGAACUACUCCACAGAUAUGGCAUUUCUAUUAAAGGAAAGAGGGCUGUUGUGAUCGGUCGGAGUAAUAUUGUCGGAAUGCCAGCUGCUCUCUUGCUGCAAAGGGAAGAUGCUACUGUCAGUGUUGUCCAUUCCAGAACUAGUAACCCUGAAGAGAUCACAAGACAAGCAGAUAUCAUAAUCUCUGCUGUUGGACAACCAAACAUGGUUAGGGGAAGCUGGAUAAAACCUGGUGCGGUCAUCAUCGAUGUUGGAAUCAAUCCUGUAGAUGAUCCAAGUAGUUCUCGAGGUUAUAAAUUGGUUGGAGAUGUUUGUUAUGAAGAAGCCAUACAAGUUGCCUCUGCUAUUACACCUGUUCCUGGAGGAGUUGGUCCAAUGACCAUUGCGAUGCUUCUACAAAAUACACUCAGCUCUGCAAAGAGAAUUCACAGUUUUGAAUAA